AUGACAAGCCCCUAUGACGUCAACACCUCCGCCGAGGUCAUCGUGAAAGACCUCGCCGCCUACAUCGAGGGCAAGGUCGUCCUCGUCACCGGUGUAUCGCCCGGCGGCCUAGGCGCAGUUUUCGUCGAGCACAUCGCGAAGGCCAAGCCCAGGCUUCUCAUCCUUGCUGGCCGCAACGCCGCCAAAGGCCAGGCCACAGCUGACGCUGUCACGACGAUCGAUGCUGGGGUCCAGACGCGUAUACUGCAGCUCGAUUUGGAGUCGCUCGCAGGAGCACGCUCGGCCGCGGCGGAGGUCAACGGGUGGCAGGAUGUGCCCCACAUCGACGUGCUCGUGAACAAUGCGGGUAUCAUGGCCUGCGACUACGCCAAGACGAAGGACGGCUUCGAGCGCCAGUUCGCGACGAACCAUCUGGGGCCGUUCCUGUUCACGAAUCUGAUCAUGAACAAGCUUCUCAAGGCGCAGUCUCCGAGGGUGGUGAUGGUCUCCAGCGAUGGCCAUAGGCUGAGCUUUAUGCGGUGGCCUGAUGUCGGGUUCUCGGACGGUCAGUGCUACAACAAAUGGCGAGCGUACGGCCAGUCAAAGACGGCAAACAUGUUGAUGGCAGUGGAACUGGCCCAGAGAUUGGGCAAGCGCGGUUUGACAGCCGUGUCGUUGCAUCCCGGGGCGAUCGGCACGAACAUAGGCAACCACAUACAGUGGGACGAGAAUCUUGAUGGACUCAUCACCCUCGAUAAGGAGCUGGGGAACAGGGAAGGCUUAUGGAGCGGCUUCCCCUUCAAGGACCCUGGGCAUGGCGUUGCGACGCACGUCUACGCUUCCUUCGAGCCGAGUUUGCGAGACCACAAUGGGUGCUAUCUGCAAGACAGUCAUAUAGCAGAUCCUUACGUUGACACUGUUAAGCCGUACGCAUUGGACAAAGUAGAGGCUGAUAGACUUUGGAAGUUGAGCGAGGAGCUUGUUGGAGAGAAGUUCGCGUAUUAGUCUACUUCAUGUAAAACUAUAACGAUGAUGUCAUAAUAUCGGAUGGAGUCU